UUGUAGAAUGUUUUCUUUGGCUGAUAACUCUCACUCUUCUGAUUGAAAUUGAUAACUGUGUAUGUUAUGUUUGUUUCACGUUGCACUCACUUUGUGUGACACAGCGCCCCCAGAGGUGAGGCGUAGCACUGCACUGCCUCGCAUGAACCUUUCCAUGUAUUUAAACAGGUAAGGUGUAAAACUUUUGAUAUUACCAAUAAUAAAAACAAAUUUAUGGAAAGGUUUGAGUUUUCCUCAUCGAUGAUGAUGGAAAAUGAUGAUGUUAGCAUGUAUUUAAUUUUUCAUGUGCCAAACGAGGUAAAGCCUCACCUGUAAUCCUGACAGUGGAUCACUGAUGGAUGAUAAUCUGCUGCUUCUUUGCUGUCUAUUAAUUAUAAAAUCUCUCCAAUGAGUUCAGAGGAAAGUUGAGGAGGAGCUGAGAGAAUCUGGGAGGAGCUGAUCUAUUGCUGAACUCUAGAGACUCAAACUUCCUCAGUUCAGUUCAGUUAAACUCUCCAACAUUCACUCUGCUCAACAUGCUGUCUCUGCUCAUCGCCUCUCUGCUAACAGGAGUCAGAUGCCAACAACUCACUGCGCUUCAGAAUGAAGAGUUCGCUGUAGAAAGCAGCAAAGUUACUCUGUCCUCCACUUACUCCAAAACAGCCACUGGAAAUGAUUAUUUCUUCUGGUAUCGACAAUAUCCUGGAAAACCUCCAGAGUUCCUGAUCUCUCACACAGGAACAGGAACACAAACUUCUCAGCCGCUUCCUGGUUUCUCCUUCAACAUGAAUGCUGAUAAAACCCAGAUGGAUCUGCUGAUCUCCUCUGCUGCAGUGACAGACUCUGCUGUGUACUACUGCGCUGUGAAGCCCACAGUGACAGGAAACACCAGAACCCUGUACAAAAACCUGCAGUACUCCACAGCAGCCACUAGAGGGCCUCACUCCCUGUUAAUCCACAAAAACCUGCAGUGUAAAGGAGACUCAGUGAAGCAGACAGAAGGAGAAGUUGUUGCUGCUGCAGGAGAAUCACUGACUCUGAGAUGUACUUAUGAGACCAGCUAUGCUGCUACAUUGUUCUGGUACAAGCUAGAAGUCAAUAGUUAUCCAAAGUUCAUGCUGAAGCGAUUCUCAACAGGAGGAGAUAAUGAUCCAGGAUUCAAGAAAGAUAAAUUUGAUGCUCAGCACGAGAAAACCUCAUUUAAUCUGAAGAUCCAGGAUCCGCAGGUUUCAGACUCUGCUGUGUACUACUGCGCUCUGCAGCCCACAGUGACAGGAAACACCAGAACCCUGCACAAAAACCUGCAAAGCAAAUUCAAUGCAAUUCUCCACAAUAUCCACUAG